GUGUGAUCAAGCAUACCCAGUGCGUCUGAAUCAAAAGAAUCUGUUUAGAGGAGCAAAGCCCGCGUGGCUUGCUAUGGCCCAUAAACAGAAGCCUCCAGCAUCUCGGGAUCUGUCCUUGGGCAAGGGGCUUUCAGGUCAGAGGCAUUUUUGUUCACGGGUCUCUUAGGCACAGUUACUAAAACUGAGAACUUUGGUGCUCACACUCACGGGAACGCUUUCCAGCACAGCGCUGGGUGAUGGAAGCCUGGGGGAACAGUUGUCAUGCCAGGGCUGGGGACCCGAGGAAGGACCUGGCGCCCGGGCUCGGGCUGCACAGAAAUGGCUGCUCUGCCCGGUCCUGGCGCAGCUGACCGGCACUGCGACAAAGGCUGGCGUGCUGGACAAGUCGGGUCGGAGCCAACCACCCUACUGCGGGAACCCUGCCGGGGCUGCGCUGCUCUUCUCCCGCUGCCUGGAGUCUCCCUCUAGUGCCCUGGCUGGCAGAGCUUCCCGGGGCUCUGUAGCAGAGGCCCAGCUGCAGCAUGACAGGGGUGAAAGUCAAUAGCUUAAUAAUUAGCUCCUCGAGCCCUCGUGCAAUCACACAUUAAUAUGGCCCGCCUUGUUCCCCGGGUGCCUCGGUGCUUAGAAAGUGUCCUGGUAGGAAGCACACGCACAUUUGCUGCCGGAGGUGGGGAGACAGCUGCGCUGCUGUUCUCCAGUCCGCAUUCAAAGGCCAGAGGAGGCCGGAAUAACCUUGGUUGUCCUGCCAGAGCCUAAGCUCGCUCCUAGCUCUAUUUAUACUUCUCCCAUUUGCCUCUUGACGCGGCAGCAGGAGGUAGCAUAGCCUAGGGCUUUGGAGACAGGCAGGUCCAGGGUAAAAGCGCAGCCCUGAGCAAAUUGCUCAGUAUCCAAGGCUUGUUGCUCUCAUCUAUAAAAUGCAGGUAACGAUCCUGCGUGCCCUUCACCCUCCUUCCCACUCCACGCCCCAGAGGGUUGGGCAGGAGAGUAGCCAGCAGAGGCUAGUAAGCUUUUGGGCUUCCUCCCCUGGCUCCCUUGCGGUGACCGUGGUCCAAACUGGAGGGACAUGGAUUCGCCCAUGGCUGCCAGGCAGGCCAAAGGUUUGAGCACCUCAGCCAGGCAUGCCAGGGCCCAGGCUCUGCAGCCCAGGACGGUCCUAAGAACUGCACUGGAGUUUCCCUGAUAGUGGAGUUUCAAAGCCAGCUACCUCCCGCCUGGAACAAAUGAGGGUGUGGUUGUUCCUCACAUUCACAACUAAACAAAAGAAAACAAGGAGAACCCCCCUACCCGCGGCCCGUACCCCGACCCGCACCUCCACCCCCAUCCCCGGUCUCGCCCAGGCACGGGGUGUGCGCCAGAGCUGUGGGCACGCCCUAUGGCGGCUGCGCGCCCCAGAGCCCGGGUGCUACCUCCUCCAAGGUCCCGCCCCAAGGAACUCCGGGCCGGGUGGGCUGGCCCGAUCGCCUUGCCCGGGGCAGUCCAGGCAGUUGCCGCCUGGCUUGAGGAACGUUGCUGGGCUCAAGUUCGUCCUCUCUCGGGCCGGAAUCCUGGCAAUGCUUUGGGGAUACAUCUGGCUGGCCUCCGGGCGGCAGGAGGGGUCGAACCUUUUUCGGGUGAUUUUACACAAAAUCCUCCCCCACAACAAGGGCUACAGAGAAGUGGAAGCCCAAGGAAUGAGAAGGGAGCUUCUCGCUCCUUCUCCAGGCCGCCUUCGCCACGUCCACUCCUGGAGCGCUGCCGGCGAAGCAAGCGAAUUCCUGGUUCUCAAGACCCCUUUGUGUCUGUGGAAGCUCCUUCCUUGGUUGCGAACUAUCAAUGCCACCCUGAGCGGGUCUUUCCAGCUGGAUUGUCGCCACCUUGUGGCAGGAUCUGGAGACCACGUUGGUCCUUCGUUCCCCAAAGCCCUUUGCUCUCUUGGGUCUAAAGCUUACUUUUCUUUCUUUCCCCAACCAACUAUGGACUGGAAUUUUACAAUCCCGUUCUCGGGAUUUAGGAGGUGAGCUGGGAUACCUCUGUCCCCUCCUCUCUGAGAUACACCGCUUGCCCUCUAAAACAGACACGAAAUAAGUGCUAGCUGGAGAGCCAGGAGUCAUCAGAUUAGCAAGCUUGUGGGGGCUAGAUGUGAGGUGGCAAUCCUCCACCAAUUUCCCAUGAGACAAACUAAUGAUUAAGACAGACGCACUCUGUCUUGUUCCUACUGGUUAGUGAUGCUAUUAUGCUUGAGGAGUAUUAUUAAA